AUGCAACACAGUCAGCUUGCCUCAGCUGUGGAGAACCUGCAGAAUAUAUUUUCAGGUAUGCUCAGCUCCAACAUAAAAUGACACUUGAUUGGGAACUAUUAUUGUUGGCUUGCGUUGCAUUUGAUGUGGCACUGUACGGCAGGGCUCUUCAACCCUGUUCCUGGAGAGCUAACGACCUGUAGGUUUUCGCUCCAACCAUAAUCUAUCUCACCUGAUUUCAAAUGAUUAGCUGGUUGAUAAGCUAAAUCAGGUAAAUUAACACUGGGAUUGGAGUGAAAAUCUACAGAAGGGUAGCUCUCCUGGAACGGGGUUGGAGAGCCCUGCUGUACUGUAACAAUGUAUUUGUGUAUUAAUAUUCCUCCUCCCUUCCUGUGCAGUACCUCAGAUGGUGGCAGACACUCCGUAAUGAUAGAGCAAGCCAAGCUGCUGGAGGGCCACCACAAGCUGAUGGAACCUGGAGUCUCAUGGAAUGACCACAUGUACGAGCAGUACCGCAUGGACAGCAAGAACACACACAGCAUAAACCUCAUUCUAAAUUACUUUGGCAAGGUGCAGGGCCUGUCGGACGACCUGGCCAAGCAGCUGUGGAUAGAGCGUAUCAAAGGCAACCAGAUGGUGACACGCGAGUCGGACAAGAUGUGGCUGAAGGAAUCACAAAACUAA